AUGGCUUCAUGCCGUUGGCGAGAGCUGCUUUCCGAGCUUACAAGCGAGCUGGAACAACAAUCAUUGAAGCUUCGUGAUCUUGAGAAGGAGAACCAACGACUGAACGACAGUCGCUUGAGCCCACAUGUGGUCCAAGGGCUUUCCACCACUGUCUCGUCCGUUCUUGUGACCCAGAAGUCCACGCGACUCACAGGCCAGAGAGAUCCGAGAGAGAAGACUGUGACGAGCGUCGUUUCGACGACCCCCAAAGUGGAGGAUCUCUUCAGCAAGGACCUGAAAGAGAAGCCGCAAGUGGACGCCCAUAGCAUUCACAAGUCGCCUUUCUCCGGGGACUCGCUCGCUUCCAGCUGGAGUGACAACGGCACCAUGGUCCAUGGCGUCCACGACAAGCCAUGGUACAUUAUCGAUCCUGAGAGCUCGUGGUAUGCUUCUGGCUGGCAGAUGAUAGUGGGUGUCGCUUUGGCGUUUGUUGCCUUCCUGACACCACUCCAAAUCGGCCUCUUCGACAUCAGAUUCGACUCCAUGCUGGUCGUUAGCCUUCUUGUUGACUUCAUCUUCCUAGUGGAUCUAAUCCUACAGUUCUUUGUGAUGAUCUCGGUGUCCACCUUCCACGGUUUGAAGCGGGAAGUCCGCUUGAGCCGGGUCGGCCUGAAGUACUUGAAGACCUGGUUCUUCAUAGAUGCCCUGGCCGUCGUUCCAUGGGAUUUGAUAGGUGUCCUUCACAGCGACACCGAGACUCCGGCCGGCGCACGCGUGAUUCGUGUUUUGUGGAUGCUGAAGAUGCUACGAUUGAUGAAGCCAUCGAGGAUAAUUCACAAGAUCGAAAUCCCGUACUCAAUCCCUUACCAACAGCAGCUUGCUCUUUUCCGCUUCCUGGGCUUCUUGGUGAUCGUGUGCCACUGGCUAGCAUGCGUGUGGGCUAUGACGCUAAAGGUCGUCGAAGAGAAAUACCCGCGCUGGAUCGAUGACAUUUCCACAGUGGAUUCCAGUUUCGGUCUCUUCGAAGAUGACCGAGCGGUGCGUACGUAUAUCGCCGCAUUUUAUUUCUGCAGCUACACGAUGACAUCAGUGGGUUACGGCGAUAUCGGUCCACAGAACAUUUUGGAGCGCAUCGUGUGCACCGUGAUGGUCAUGCUUUCAGGUCUGUUUUGGGCCUACGUCAUUGGCCAAGUCUGUACGAUCGUGGCAGACAUUAGCGCCGAAAGUCAGGAGUUCCGCCACAGAAUGCACCAUCUGAACAUGAUGAUGGAAGAAGAGCACCUCCCAGAUCAGUUGAAGUCGCGAGUUCGCGAGUUCUUCGUGCACAACCGCGAUCAGGCGAGACAUUUGACGCAGCAGUCGCUGCUGGAUGCGAUGAGCCCACAGCUGAAGGCAGAAGUUGCCACGGUGGUGAACUUCCCCUGGCUGGAGCGUGUGAUCUUCUUCAAUCGUUUUGUUCGAGAGACGGAGGAACUCCAAGCCCAAGGGGUCUCUGUUGCGCCCUAUCGCGCCUGUAUUGCGGACAUUGUGCGGGAACUGAAGAGUGUGGCCUAUGCGCAGGGGGAGUUUGUCAGCAAUGUCCGUGUGCUGAGCAUCUUGUCAAAGGGCCUCGUGCUUCGGUCACACAGGCUCGAGCAUAAGGGCAGCGUAUGGGGCGAAGACUUUGUGCUCUCUGACAGAGCUCUCGUGCGCCGCGUGGACUUCUAUGCAUUGACUUACAUAGAAGUUCUGUGCCUUUCCCGCGAUGACUUCAUGGACAUCAUUGAGAAACACAGUCUCACAUGCCCUCGACUUGGGCAGAUAGUCCGUCGCUACUGUGUGCGCGUUGCUGUUCGUCGGGGAAUUCUUGCAGAAGCGAAAAGGCGUGUACAGACCAUGAGCAAGCCCCUGCCUUCCGGCACCUCUGGGCUGUCGCUAUAA